AUCCACUGCUGUGUUUCGGUUUGGCUUUCCUCGAGAGUGUAUGAAAUAUAAAUUUGGUUCAUGGACACAAGCCCUACCACAAAUAGUGGCAGGCCAGGCUGUGUAAUUUGUUUGCCGCAAAUUUAAACAUAUAGUUCCUAACCUGAGUCUCGUUUCAAUCUGACUACCAGAAUGAUCUGAUUAGACAAGACAUUCAAUACAUGGACUUCUAGUAUGAUGGUGAAAGAAUUUUGAGUAGCCGCUUUCGUUAUUCUUAUAUAACAUAACUGAACGGUGGUGAACAUAGGUAUUCGUUAACUGCUUGUUAUGUGUAUGUAUGUAUUAAGCGGUUCUGUUUACAUUUUUCGCCAAACAAAAACAAACAGUGCUCCAGAUGCACAUUUGUCCUUUUAAUGUUGCAACCUCAUAGUAUCAGGAGCGUUUUAAGAAGAUUAUUUUCGCUCGUAAAUGUAUUUGAAAAAAGGGUCAAAAACUUAGGAUCGACAGCGAGAUCUCGAAAAUAUCGUCAGACGGUAUGCUGAGUAAAUGGAAAAACAAAUUCACUUCGCAAGAAUUCGGAUUAACUCAUAAGGAUCCUGAGAUAUUUGUGAUAUGUCAAUGGCAACAUAAAAACACCCCGAGUAUAUGGUACUUGCUUUACAGAUGGCUGGUAGUGAUAUAUUUCAUCACAACAUGGCUAUUAUCAAUAUUAAUCGUGAAAACUAAGACUGAUAGUUAUCAAUUGAAAUGGCUUAUAUAUCUUACCCAUUGGGGCUACACAACCUGUACAUUCCAGGCCCUUUUGGCUGCAUUUAUGCUAACCUCCUGUGUAUUAGCACACAAGAAGAAACCAUACAAGCCUUCUAAAGAUGGGGCAUUCACUUGUUAUAAGCUUUAUUGGGCUUUCAACACCAUUGCUACUGUGUUAGCUUGUGUGAUUACUAUUGUAUAUUGGUCAUUUAUAUACAAUCCUGCAAAAAAUCCUUUGGAUGUUAUGAAUUUUAUCCUUCACGGUAUGAACACGGUGUUAAUGUUAUUUGAUUUUUGGCUUGUUUCGCACCCAACAAGGAUUGCUCAUUGUAUUUAUCCCAUGAUGUUUGUAACUGUUUAUGCAAUAUUCUCUGUCAUCUACUACUUAGCAGGAGGUACAAGUAGAGAUGGAACCGACUACAUAUACCCUAUUUUGAAAUGGGAGUUGCCGUUCCGAACUCUCCUAGUUUGUGCUGGAGUUGGGAUAUUUAUCUUCGCUCUACAAACAUUUUUUUUCCUCAUGUAUUUGCUCAAAAAGAGGGUGCACAAAAAGUUAGGUCGCCGAAAGAGUAUUGAAUUAAAUUCUAGUUCUCCAAGAUGUGAUGGUUACGUCAAUGAGGCUGUGAUAGCUGGAGACGAAGUGUAGGAACAUACAGCUAAGGAAAGUGUUGAUUGAUAUUAAAUGUGUAGACUCAGAAA